GGUGACGCCAUCAGACAGAAAAGUACAAAGGAAAUACCAUUUCCAAUUGUUUUCUUUGGUUCCAUUACAACUGCGUUAUGGUUUGUCUACGGCCGGAUCAUUGGAAAACCUAUAAUACAGAUUCAGACAGGCAUGGCAUUUAUUGUAUUCAGUGGUCAACUAAUGUUAUUCUUCAUAUAUCCUGCUGUCGACGUCAAAAAGAAAGAAUAAAUCAGUAUUUAUAAAAAA